AUGGAGCCCGCCGCAGAUGCCUCGCCACAGGCGGAGCGCGAGGCAGCGAGGUGUGUCCAGGAUGCCAAGGCCCACGCCCAGGACAUCGCUUUCUGCAUGAUGCAGAUGGAGGUCACGCAGCCGCAGAUUCUGCGUGCCGUCCCGGCCUUCCGCGUGCUGCAGUAUUUCGGCCGGGUGUUGCGCCAUGGUGGAGAUUUCUAUCACCUGAGCCGGCCCGCCAGCACCAUUGAUGAGUUUUGCUCGCACAGUUGGCACGGCUCGGCCUGGAUGAAGAUCUCGCUCCUGUUGCUGAUGAAAAAUGGGGUGGCCGCCUUUGUGGCUGGGACCCUGUGCGCGCUGGUCAUGAUGUGCCUCUUCUGCCUCGACAUGCUGCCGGGGUACUUCCGGCAGCCUUUUCUAGGAACAGGGGUGGCCUACAAGUACGGGCCGUGGUCGCUGCUGACCGGAGUGCUGGUAUCUUGCCUGUUCCUGCUCUUGUGGCGGCCCAAGCAAUCGAUGUUUCUGGAUCGUAUCUGCAUCAACCAGGUCGAUCAGAUACUGAAAGCCGAGGGUGUUCUCAACAUAGGCGCUAUCCUGAAGCACUCCAACUCCAUGCUUGUCCUGUGGGACACGACAUUUGCUUCCCGUCUCUGGUGCCUCUUCGAAAUCGCGGCCUUCCUAAAAAGCCACGAGGAUGGCCUGGAGCACCUCCUGAUCAAGCCCACCUACCUUGCGCCCAGCACCCUGGUCAUCAGCCUCUGCGUGACCCUCAUGAUGCUCUUCGAGCUCUUGGUUCCCUUUGUGAGCGUCUACGUGGUGGUCCUGAAGCUCUCCCUGCUGGCCCUGAGCUGCGUUACCGCGGCCCGGCUGCUGUUCCUCUACUACGGCUCCGUCCGGGCGCUGAAGGAGCAGCUGAGGGAGUUCCGGAUGCAGGACGCGAAGUGCGUGUGUUGUGACCUGGGCCACCUGGAUGCCUGCCUGGGCUCCGCGGUCAUCUGCGACCGGGAGAUCGUGAGCGAGUGCAUCUGCACAUGGUUUGGGUCCGUGGACGGCUUCGAGAGUGCGGUGAGGUCCAGAGUGUCGAAAGCUCUCGCGGGGCAGCUGGGUCAGUUCCCGUGCCCGUACUCCUGGCUUCUGCGGGCCACAGCCCCUGUCCUAUGGGCGCACAUGGACAUGGUGGCGGCGCGUAUCCACGCAGGCGAUGCUGAAUAUGCCGUUGCCGUGGCGAUCCAAGCGCUGGCAUGGUGGCUGGCGCUCUUCCCAAGUUCCCUCUUCUUGGUGGCCGUCUCCUACAAAUGCUACGAGCGGCCCCGGCGAGGCCCGGCCGACCUCCUCGCUUUCAUUCUAAGCCUUCUUGCGCCGGUGCUGUCCUUGGCUGGUGGAGUAGGCUACAUGUAUGCUUGCCUUCGCUUCAUCGAGAACGCCAUAGUCGGCGCCACGCUCUUUGCAGCGACGAUGCUGAUUCCCACAGUUCUGGCCUGGCGGACUUGGUCCAAGGGGCUCUCCGAAGCGCUCUGA